AGGCAAUGAAACAUCUCACAAAAAUGGCAGGCAUUUACUCAAAAGUAGCAGCCACUUUCAAAUCUGAAUCCCUGAGUUCUCUCACUUUGACUUGGGGAAUUGCAAAGGUAAGGCAAGCAAACUAACAUAAUUACAGUCCUAUGAGCAUGGAUCAUAAACUAGGCUUCUCUUUCAGAUACAGGAGCUGUUCACAGGAGAGAUCUCAGCAGAGCUACAGGAAAGAGGAAAUCAAUGCAGUCCUUCCCAAGAGUUGCUUUUCGGAAGGUCCCAACUUGAGCCAUUUCAGCAGUGGUCUGAUCCCUUUGAGGCGGUCACUGUGGACUUCACAGAAGAGGAGUGGGCGCUACUGGAUUCUGACCAGAGAGCCCUGUGCGCAGAAGUCACAUUGGAGGCUUUUAGGAAUAUUAUUGCCCUGGGUAAUAGAAUGGAGAAUGUGAAUGCGAAACAGGAGAGGUUAAUGCUACUGCAGACAACAAACUAUGAAGGAGAGGUGACAUCUGACCAUCAAGAGAAUCCAAAGAGAGAGAGAAAACACUCAGAAGAUGGAGGAGAAAGGCCCUCCACAUCUCAUCAUUCCUUUUGUCUUAACUUUUAUAGAAAACAUAAACUACAUACCACUAUAAUAUCAGAAAAGGAUUCCAGUCUGAGCAGAGAGACUGAAAUAUGCAUGAAGUAUAGAAAUAACUUCAGGAGCAAGGCUACUUUUAAUAACAAUCAAAGAAUCCACAUAACUGAGAAACCUUACAGUUAUGAGGAAUAUGGAAAUGGCUUUGAUUUAAUUGGAAAACUGAAUUCUGAUGAAAGAAUCCAUACAGGGGAGAAACCACAUAAAUGCUUAGAGUGCGGAAAGAGGUUCCAUUUCAAGAGUAGGCUUAAUUACCAUGAGAGGAGGCACAGAGGGGAGAAAAAAUAUUGUUGCCAGGAAUGUGGAAAGAGAUUCUUUGAGAAGGGAGGUCUUGCUAUUCAUCAAAGGUUCCAUACAGGGGAGAGACCAUAUAAAUGUCUGGAGUGUGGAAAGAGCUUUUUUGACAACAAAGUUCUUACUCAUCACCAAAGGAUCCACACAGGGGAGAGACCGUAUAAAUGCCUUGAGUGUGGAAAGAGCUUUAUUCGGAAAGGACACCUUAAUUCUCAUAAAAUAAUUCACACAGAGGAGAGACCCUGUAAAUGCACAGAGUGUGGAAAAAGCUUCUCUUUCAAACGUUCUCUUAGUUGCCAUGAGAGGAUUCACAGAGAGGGGGAAAAAUAUAGCUGCAGAGAGUGUGGAAAGAGAUUCUUUGAAAUGAGAGAACUUACUAUCCAUCAAAUGAUCCACACAGGGGAGAGACCCUAUAAAUGCAUGGAGUGUGGAAAGAGCUUUUUUCGGAAAGGACAUCUUAAUUCUCAUAAAGUAAUUCACACAGGAGAGAGACGGUAUAAAUGCAUAGUGUGUGGAAAGAGCUUCAUAAGAAACUCUCAUCUGCUUCGACACCAAAAGAUCCAUACUGAAUAAGUCAUAUAAAUUCCUGGACUGUGGAAAGGACUUUAUUCAAAAAGGACAUCUUAAUAUAGAAUAGAAAUGGAAUAGAAUAACAGAGUUGGAAGAGGGCUUGAAGGUC